AUGUGGUUGCCAUCAGCAAUUCUGUUUGGACUGAGCUUCAGCGCGCUUUUUGAAGUCGUCAAGGUAAGUUUUCGAAUUUUUUUUGGCUAAAGUUGAGUUUGAUAAGGUUAGGUUUAGAAGAGGCUUUGACUAAGCUUAGGCUUUGCUUUAGAUGAGGCUGAUUGGCUUUGUCUUGAUGGGUUUAGGUUUGGUAGGCUUGGUUUGAUUAGGUUUUGAAGUUAUAGUAGGCCUUGGUUACGAUGGCUUAGGUUUAGCUGGUUUAGGCUAAGUAGGCUUUGUUUCUUAGGUUUAGUUUAGUAGGUUUGGUUUAACAAGUUCAUGCUACGUAAGCUUAGGUUUAAUAGGCUUAGGCUUAGUAUGUUAGGUUGCAUAGGUUUAGGUUUAGGCUUAGUAUGGCUUGAUAGGCUAAGGCUUAGUUGGCUUAGGUUUAAUAAGCUUAGGCUUAGUGGGCUUAGGCUUAGUAGGCUUAGGCUUAGUAGGCAUAGGCUUAGUAGGCUUAGGCUUGGCAGGCUUAGGCUUGGCAGGCUUAGGCUUGGCAGGCUUAGGCUUGGCAGGCUUGGGCUUGAUAGGCUGAGGCUUGAUAGGCUGAGGCUUAGUUGGCUUUGGCUUAGUAGGCUUAGGCUUAGUAAGCUAAGGUUUAGUGGGCAUAGGCUUAGGCUUGGCAGGCUUAGGCUUGAUAGGCUGAGGCUUAGUUGGCUUUGGCUUAGUAGGCUUAAGUUCAAUAUGCAUUAGAUAAGUAGGACUAGAUUUAGCAGACUUUGGCUUAGUAGUCUUAGGCUUAACUAUGGGGCUUAGGUUUUGAAUUAGUAGGCUUAGACAAAAAAUGCGAUGGAUUUGGCUAAACAGGCUUAAUUUUAGUAGGUUUAGGAUUGGCUGUAAGUCCUGAAAGCGCAGGUUUAGUUUAGGCUUAGGCCUAGACAUAGAAAGUUUUGGUGUAGCUUAAGCUAGCAUUAUGUUUACUGUAUUGCGACUUCUCAAUGUGUUUUAGCCUGAGGAUGGCAGAAAGUUGGCGGUUACUUGUCCAAGUUACUCAACUGUCUCGCACGACGGUGAACGUUGUUUGCUUCAAUCCGAAGGUAAGGAUUGCACCGAUAGUAUAAUACUAAAGACGGAACAGCGUACUGGAAUGAUUGUGUUCCGUGAGAAUGAUGACGUGCCGGAUUACUUGAACCAAAUGGCCGCUAUUCAUGUUCAUUGUGGUCUGAAACCGGACCUCCAGUUUGCGUUGGUUUAUCACACGUAUGUUUAUGCUGAUAUUAUGACUGAGGCUUAGGUUUUGGCUUAGGCUUAGGCUUGGGCUUGGGCUUAGGCUUGGGCUUGGGCUUGGGCUUGGGCUUGGGCUUGGGCUUGGGCUUGGGCUUGGGCUUGGGCUUGGGCUUGGGCUUGGGCUUGGGCUUGGGCUUGGGCUUGGGCUUGGGCUUGGGCUUGGGCUUGGGCUUGGGCUUGGGCUUGGACUUGGGCUUGGGCUUGGGCUUAUUCAUUGAUAAUUUAACGUAAUUUUUGUAUUUUCAGCCAGAAAUCGUUUGUAGAUUGUGGUGGUGGUGCGAGACAAACAUCCCGACCUAACAAUUAUAAAUCUUUGUGUUACAUCAACCGUUAUCUGCCGUUUCAUAAAAAUCUUAAGAUUGCUGAAUAUAAACAUGGUGAUUUUAGUAAGUUUUUUUCGUGUUUAGGUUUAAUAGUGUUAUUAGUGGCCAUAGGCUUAUUAAUUAUAGGCUUAGUUCACGUAGGCUUAAUUGGGUUGGGCUUUGUAGAUUUAGGCUUGGUAGGCUUAUGCUUGAUAGACUUUGGGUUAGUAGAUUUAGGCUUGGUAAGGUUAGGCUUAGUAGGUUUAGGGUUGGUAGGCAUAAGCUUGGUAGGUUUUGGCUUGAUAGGCUUAGGCUUAUUUGGCUUAGGCUUAGUAGGCUUAGGCUUAGUAGGAUUAGGCUUAGUAGGCUUAGGCUUAGGCUUAGUGGGCUUAGGCUUGUUAGGCUUUGGCUUAAUAGGCUUUGGCUUAGUAAUCUUAGGCUUAGUAAGCUUAGGCUUAGUAGGCUUAGGCUUAAUAGGCUUAGGCUUAAGCUUAGUAGGCUUUGGCUCGGUAAGCUCAGGCUUGGUAGGCUUAGGCUUAGUAAUCUUAGGCUUAGUAAGCUUACGUUUAAUAGCCUUAGGCUUGUUAAGCUUAGGCUUAAGCUUAGUAUGCUUUGGCGUAGUAGACUUAGGCUAAGUAGCGAUGGAUAUAAGCUAUAUGAGUUUUCGCUAGGCUUGGCUUAGUAGUCACUUUAUUUUAUUUUUUCAGACAGCUACGUGACUUACGAGGAAGGUAAAGGCAACUUAGGUAUGUUUUUACUUUUUUUCUUAACUAUUGUCAAUUUCCGUUUUUUAUUUGUUUUUUUUGCAAUUUUAUGUUAUUAAAGUGUUUUUUUAGUAGUUUAUAUUCUCAUUUUUAAAUUUAAAAAGUUUUUUUUAGUCUAUAUAAUUUUAUUGUUUUAGGCGUCUUCCCUUACUCGAAAGAUGUCUACGAGAAAGUCGGAGGUAGUAAUGGAAAAAUUAGAACCGGAAUUGAAAGAGCUACUGAUUUGAUACACCUUUACAGCACGAACGGUUACGGUGUGAGUAGUGAACAUUUCAAGAGUUACGCUAGCGUAUACUGUACAUUUAACAAGUAGGUGUUUGUUUUGAACUUUCGUGGGUUUGAAAAUGAAAAUCGUUUCAUUUGUAAUUUGGUAUUUCUAACUAUCUUUUCAGACAGUGUGUUGGAGAAGGAACGGAAGUCCAAGAAACGGCCAGACUCAAUUAA